GCACGUUAUCCUCCUAUGGCCCUCGUCCGCGAUCGCCGCCAACUCAACCUCCGCCUCCCUCUCCCCUCCCCCUCCGAGCACGCUCCCGCUUCCCCCGCCCCUCCCCCCUCCGCCAUCUCCGCCGCCGACCUCGAGAAGCUCCAGGUCCUCGGCCACGGCAACGGCGGCACCGUCUACAAAGUCCGCCACAAGCAGACCUCCGCCGUCUACGCCCUCAAGGUCGUCCACGGCAACAGCGACCCCGCCGUCCGCCGCCAGGUCCUCCGCGAGGCCUCCAUCCUCCGCCGCACCGACUCCCCCCACGUCAUCAAGUGCCACGGCGUCUUCGACCUCCCCGGCGGCGACAUCGCCUUCUGUAUGGAGUACAUGGACAUGGGAACCCUCGAAACCCUCCUCCAAAACGGCCUCGUUUUCACCGAAUCCCUAAUUUCGAACCUCUGCCGCCAAAUCCUCACCGGCCUCGAAUACCUCCACUCGCACAAGAUCGUCCACCGCGAUUUGAAGCCCUCUAACAUCUUAAUCGAUCAGAAAAUGGAAAUCAAAAUCUCCGAUUUCGGCGUCAGUAAAAUUUUACAAAGGACGCUCGAUCCCUGCAAUUCCUACGUCGGCACGUGCGCCUACAUGAGCCCGGAGCGCUUCGACCCGGAUUCAUUCGGAUCCAAAAACUACGACGUCUACGCCGGCGAUAUAUGGAGCUUGGGGCUCACUCUAUUGGAGCUCUACGUCGGCCAUUUUCCGUAUCUGGCGCCGGGACAGAGGCCGGACUGGGCGACGCUAAUGUGCGCCAUAUGCUUCGGGGAGCCGCCGGCGUUGCCGGAGGGCACGUCGGGGGAGUUUAGGAGCUUUGUGGAGUGCUGUUUGCAGAAGGAUUCGAGCAAGCGGUGGACGGCCACGCAGCUGCUGGCGCACCCUUUCGUCAGCGGCGUUGAUUUGCAGUCGUCGGCGUGAAGAAUUUUUAGGGGAUUUCAGAUAUAGCGAAUCCUUCCUCUUUUUGUUCCAUUUUUUUUUUGUUUUUUAAUUUUGGAAAAAUCGUAGGAGAAUUUCUCGUGUAUAUUCUUUCUCUGAAUCAUGAUCCAUUUCGACGGUACAAUGAAACAACCAUUGAAUUGCUGUAGAAAUUGGGAAAAAUUAAUCUAAUUUGCUUUAGUAUUCAA